CCAGUGGCAUACGUCAUCACGCCGUGAUAACACUGACACCGAUCAGCAGCUCUAUAUCGGAAUUUCAUUGCUUUAGAGAGACAAGCAAGCGCUUUAAGUCUUCAGUUCAAGCUUUUCUUUGUCUUCCGCCGCUGGAAUACGAGGAGAUUUUAUAUCCGAGCGGUAAAUAAUGGCGGUUUUGGGAGGCGCGUGCCGGCUGAUACAGCUGGUCAGGUGCAGUCCCACCGUGAGUCAGUGCACGAGUGUGUUUCUCAGACGACAGUCGACGGCCGCUGCGUUCGCCACCUCACCCACUCCAGAGACUCAAGAGAACAGAAAACCCAAAACAGGGAUUCUGAUGUUAAACAUGGGCGGCCCGGAGAAACUGGAAGACGUGCAUGACUUCCUCUUACGGCUCUUCAUGGACACAGACCUCAUGAAACUCCCCGUGCAAAAUAAACUCGGCCCUUUCAUUGCCAAGCGUCGCACACCGAAGAUCCAGGAGCAGUACAGCAAGAUCGGGGGAGGCUCUCCUAUCAAAGCCUGGACCAUCAUGCAGGGCGAAGGCAUGGUCAAGCUCCUGGACGAGAUGUGUCCGGAGACGGCUCCACACAAGUUUUACAUCGGUUUCCGGUACGUGAAUCCUCUGACUGAGCAAGCCAUCGAGCAGAUGGAGAAGGAUGGAGUGGAGAGAGCCGUGGCCUUUACACAAUACCCACAAUACAGCUGUUCUACCACAGGCAGCAGUCUGAACGCUAUAUACAGAUACUACAAUAACCGCGCGGACAGGCCAAAGAUGCGCUGGAGUGUGAUUGACAGGUGGCCGACACACCCUCUGCUGAUUGAGUGUUUUGCUGAUCACAUUCGUAACGAGCUGGAGAAGUUUCCUCCAGAGAAGAGAGACGAUGUGGUGAUUCUGUUCUCGGCUCACUCUCUGCCGCUCUCAGUGGUGAACAGGGGGGACCCGUACCCACAGGAGGUUGGCGCUACAGUUCAGAGGGUGAUGGAGCGAUUAGGCCACUGUAACCCGUACAGACUCGUCUGGCAGUCAAGGGUGGGGCCGAUGCCGUGGCUGGGGCCGCAGACUGAUGAUGUCAUCAAAGGCCUGUGUGAGCGCGGGAAGAAGAAUCUCCUGCUGGUUCCCAUUGCUUUCACCAGCGACCACAUCGAAACACUGCACGAGCUCGACAUCGAGUACUCACAGAUCCUCGGAGAAGAGUGUGGAGUGGAGAACAUCAGACGAGCAGAAUCUCUCAAUGGAAAUCCUCUGUUCUUCAGGGCGUUGGCUGAUCUGGUUCAGUCUCAUCUUAAGUCCAACGAGUCGUGUUCCCGUCAGCUGACCCUCCGCUGUCCGCUGUGUGUGAACCCCACCUGUGGGCAGACCAAGGCCUUCUUCGCCAGCCAGAAACCCUGACCUCUCAUUAGGACCAUUCAGGAGUGCAUUCAUUCAUGUGGUUUAAACCUGUAUGAUUGCGAGAUAUUGAGCUGAAAACACCAUUAAAGCAUCAUGUGACUGAAUGUAGUUGAAUAUAAUGCUUAAGUCAUAUGUCAUGACAUAAUAAUCAGAAAAAUCAAUGAAACAUUCAAACAUAAUAUAAAGAAUCUAAAAAAAACAAAAAAAUGUGCGUGUGUUCUUUGUUGAAUAUCAUAUUUAAUACAUCAGACUUUUAUAGCUAUUUAUAUACAGUAUAAGAUGAUA